AUGAGAAAUCGUCUCCCCAAAUCCAUCUGCACCACGCGCCCUAGCAACUGCAGCAUCAGCACGAGCCGCGCGCAACCUCUCUAUGCGCAUCCACGAGCCAUCUGUUCAUUACUGCUUGUUUGUGUCUGUCGUCUCCGUCAACGACAUCUCUGCUCCGCUGUCGCCCUCUCCCGGUCCCUCUCCCGGUCCCUCUCCCCUGAUCCCCCCCAGUCUCCUCUCCAGAUUAGCGGCAGGUCUCAUCUCUCGCCUCGUUGCUGGGCACGUACCCUCCAUCACAAGGCCUCUUCACAGAGAGCAGCUGAUUCAGCUCCCCCCAUUUCCUCUGGCUCCUCCCAGCUGUGGCCCCUACUGGGCACGCUCCCUGGCUCUUACCAGAUUGGUCCCCGGCCUCAGGACGGAAGCCACGCCCACCACACUCCCUGCAUGAGGGACAAGGCCACUCAGACCCCCAGGGCCUGGGCGGAUGAGAGGAGGCGGGGGAGCCACAAGAGGUCCGCCUCCUGCGGGAGCACCGACCAGCUGAAAGAGAUUGCUAAAUUGCGACAGCAACUCCAGCGCAGUAAGCGCAGCAGCCGUCACCGCAGGGACAAGGACCGCAAGUCCCCCUUCAACGGUAGUCAUGCUGCCAUCACCCAGUCACAGGCCCAGAUGCCCAAUAAGACCAUCCUGAUCCCCGUCCCCAAGUCCACGGCGCCGCGCUUCCGGAACAGCGUGGAAGGUCUCAACCAGGAAAUCGAACGCAUCAUCAUCCGCGAUACACCGCAGCUACGAGAUGAAGUUAUUAUUCCCCAGGAUGUCCCAGACGGGCACCGCGCCCCCCUACCCCUCCCCCUCCAGCGCAGCAGCUCCACCCGAAGCAUCGACACGCAGACCCCCUCUGGGGGCCUCGGGGGCGGUAAGCAUAGCAACAGCAGCAGCCGGCCCGACUCCAUCUCUCCCUCCUACCUCACCAUCCUCAACGAUAUGGGAGGAGGCAGCCCUUACCCCGUGGAGGAGAAAGAUCCGGGCCCCUGCUCUCCUCUCCAGUAUGCAGCGUCUCCAAAGCCCAACAACAGCUACAUGUUCAAGAGGGAGCCGCCGGAGGGCUGUGAGAAGGUCAAGGUCUUUGAGGAGUCAAUUCCCAGACCCCUGCAGGAGAUUCCUCCCUUCCUGUGUCCGGACCGUAACAAGGUGAACUUCAUCCCUAAGAGUGGCUCAGCCUUCUGCCUGGUCAGCAUCCUGAAACCCCUGCUUCCUGCCCCGGAGCUCAGCUUCAGAUCAGGGGUUGGCCUCCGCAGCCUGUCCCCCAGCUUGGUGCCUCUGGGUGGGGUUGGCCUGCGCAGUCUGUCCCCGUCCAUGAUGCCACUCGGUGGGGUGGGCCUCCGUAGCCUGUCCCCUUCCCUAGGGGUAUCCUGGGGCACCAGCACGGUCCACCAGCAACCCUGCUUGCCCAGACACCUGGAGGAACCAGAGAGCUAGAGGUCCACACUUCUGCCCUGGAGGACAGACUGCUGAAUAACAUGACAGAUAAACAUAACGAGCAGAAAACAGUGCCGCUGGAGACGCCUUCGACAUGCUAACUCCACCCACUGGUUCUACCUGGUCAUUCUAACUCCACCCACUGGUUCUACCUGGUCAUUCUAACUCCACCCACUGGUUCUACCUGGUCAUUCUAACUCCACCCACUGGUUCUACCUGGUCAUUCUAACUCCACCCACUGGUUCUACCUGGUCAUUCUAACUCCACCCACUGGUUCUACCUGGUCAUUCUAACUCCACCCACUGGUUCUACCUGGUCAUUCUAACUCCACCCACUGGUUCUACCUGGUCAUAACUGUCCCCC